AUGUACAUCUCCAAAGAAGUAGUGGAGAAGAGAAACAAAAAGUUAGCCCCAAAGGCCCCAGAGUCUAAAGAGAAGUGCAAACUAGUCCUCCCCGACGGCACUGAGGUUGAACUUAGUAUCCUCGAGGGAACUCUUGGUCCUAAAAUGCUAGAUAUCAGAGAUCUGUACGCUAAAACUGGCAUGUUUACAUUCGACCCAGGAUACACAGCCUCUGGAAGUUGUGUUUCAGCAAUUACUUAUAUCGAUGGAGGAAAAGGUCAACUCCUAUACAGAGGAUACAAGAUCGAAGAUCUAGCAGCCAAUUGUACAUUCAUUGAAACAUGCUUCCUGCUUCUCUAUGGAGAGCUCCCGACAGCUUCUGAUCUUGCAGACUUUGAGGAAAGAGUCAAGGAUGAAAUGCUUGUACAUGAAAAGCUUAAAGAUUUCUUCAAAGGUUUUAACCCAAAAGCACAUCCAAUGGCUAUCAUGUGUAGUGUCAUUGGUGCCCUUUCAUCAUUCUACCAUGAGGACCUUGAUAUCGAAGAUCCAAAGCAGAAAGAAAGAGUAGCAAUCCAGAUGAUUGCUAAGUUCCCAACUCUCGCUGCUUUCUCCUUCAGAACAUCCAUGGGACUCCCAAUGGUAUAUCCAAGAAGGGAUUUUUCCUACACUGAUAACUUUUUGCAUAUGAUGUUCUCUGAUCCUAUGGAUCAAGAAGCUGUAAUCGAACCAGUCAUGACAGAAGCUUUAGACAAGAUUCUCCUUCUCCAUGCUGAUCAUGAGCAGAACGCCUUACAUCAACAGUCAGGAUCGCCGGAUCUUCCAAAGCAAAUCCAUUUGCGUGCAUUUCAGCCGGAAUUGCAUCCUUAUGAGGACCUGCCCAUGGAGGUGCUAAUCAGGCCUGCCAAGGAUAAGAAUGAUCCCUUCAGAAUCAUGGGAUUCGGACACAGAGUUUACAAAAACUUCGACCCAAGAGCAACAGUCAUGGCCAAGAUGUGCAAAAAGGUAGUCGAGACAAUGGACUCAAAGAACCAGGAGAUGCUCUCCAUUGCUCUCGAGCUUGAAAGAAUCGCUUUAGAGGACGAUUACUUCAUCUCUAGGAAGCUUUACCCAAAUGUUGACUUCUACUCAGGAAUUGUUCUCCAAAAGUUAAGUAUUCCUACCAACAUGUUCACGGUCAUCUUCGCUCUGGCCAGAACCAUCGGAUGGGUAUGCCAAUGGAAAGAAAUGAUGAGUGAGGACACAGUUAAGAUCGGAAGCCCAAGACAACUCUAUGUUGUCGAGAAAUGCAAAGAAUUUGUAGCCAUGAAUGAGAGAUAA